UGCUCCAGGUUUAUAUGCACAGUUCAGCGUGACCGCGUGAGACUGGUACGAGAAGGAAACAAACAUGGCGACUGUGACAACAGAAAAUACCGGAGAAGAAGAUGCUACAGAACUUCAAUUUCCUAAAGGUAUAUCUUAGGAGUUUGAUUGAAUUCAAUAGAGAGCGAAUUGUUUAUAGAGAAAAAAUAAAUACAAUUAUAUUAUAUUGGUUUUCAAUGAUAUUAAUAUACUGUGAAGUCAUGUUGAAAAUCCGUCUAUAUCAGACUAUCAUUUUAUCUUAAUAUUUAUUUAUUAACUUUACAAUCAUACAAAAAUUAUAAAAAUGAUUGAAGGUAUGGUCAACAGGACAUGAGUCCCAUGUGAAGACCAACCUGAUACAAUAUAAACUAUUUACAUAGCUAUAUAAAAAUUAAUAGUUUAGAUUAUGAGCAACAGCUUAAGUUGAAAGAACGGCAUUUAGAGCAGAAGGUUUUCCAAGUGCGCAUUCUGUUAAUAUCGAAAGAAGAGUCUAAUUGAGAAGAGUAGUGAGAAUGGAGCUGGAGCUUAAAGGAUGAAACAGACAAACUGUUACGAAUGAUUGGAGAGAGAUUGUUCCAUAGAAAGACAAUUCGGUUAAAAAAAAGUUUCUAAGAAGAGAGGUUUUGCACGGAUUGACUUGAAGCAAGUCGAGGGGCAAUUCACUCCAAAAAUCCCGUACACUUCGUCAAAAAAUCCGGAAAAAAUCCAGAAAAAAUCCAUGAAAUCCUCAAAAUCCGUUGAAUCCAUCAAAAUCCACAGAAAUCCUUCAAAAAUCCACAGAAAUCCUUCAAAAUCCUUAAAAAAUCCGCAAAUCCACAAAAAAUAUAUGAAGUACUUGGUGUAAUUUACUCGUAAAGGUUCUUUGCCACGUUCAAAAUGGCGGACAGCGAAAGCUAUUAAACGCUUACCGUGAUCGCUGUCAUUAUAUUUCAUAAUUAUUGGACCACUCUACAUUUCCAUUUAUACGCUCGAGUAUACACUAAGUUUUUUUAGCCUAUUACUACUAAAUAUGUGUUCUUGUUACAAUGACGUUAUGUUGUAAAAUAUAAUUACAAAACCAAAAGUUAUUCACCAUUGUCUUUUACUGUUUUUGAAAGAAUAAUGAACUUGUUUGAAUUUUAAACAAAAUGACUGCAUGCCCAGCCUUCGUUAGUUUCAGAAGGCUGUGGUCAUAGUCCCAGUCCUCUGCUCGACCCUGACGUCUUGGCAUAACGUUGACAUCGUACAACUUAAGAUUAUUUGUUCAAAACGUUACCUAGCUCUAUAACUCUAUGAUUAAAAAAAAUCCAGAAAAAAUCCAAACAAAUCCAGAAAAUCCAAACAAAUCCGGAAAAUCCAACAGAUUUUCAAAAAUCCAGAAAAAAUCCGAACAAAUCCGGAAAAUCCAGCAAAUUUUCUCUUCAAAAAUCCGCUAAAAAUCCGGGAAAAAUCCGCUAAAUCCGCUAAAAAAUCCGAAAAUCCCGUACGCUUUUUUGGAGUGAAAUGCCCCUCGAAGCAAGUUGUCCUUACUUGAACAGGUGCGAGAUGAGCGAUUAGAAGAAAAGGUGACAAAAGAGGAGAUAUCUAGGUCGUAGAGGCCUUGUUUGCAUUUGAAAAAAAAGAUGAGAUCCUUUAUUUCAAGCCAGUAAGAUAUAGGCAAUAAAUUAAGUUUUCUAAGACGCUCAAGAUAAGACAACUCAUAAUUUUAAACAACUCAUAAUAUCUUAAAUAGUACUUGAUUUUACUCGCGUAUCGCAGGCUGCGGCUACGAGAAUGACAAGACAAACAAGGAUGCGAUAGUUGCAACUCUCAAUUGUUCUCAUUGCCUACUUUCAACUGUGAUCCUGACUGGAAACCACUAACUAUGCAUUCUAUCAUUUUUGCCCACCACAUUUCCCGCCAGCGUGUUGGGUGAGAAAUUUUCUUCCGCCGAAUGUUGACAAUAAUGAAGAUAAACUCCGUAAUUUCUUGAACAAACCGAACAAUGAAGGUGGGCCAUGCAUUGUUCUCCAAAUCAAAGGCUUCCACCAGACAAAAUUAACUUAAUUAACAAACAAUUUUCCUAACAAAAUUUCUUAACAAUUUUAGAAAUUGUGCACACAAGAUUUUAUAAUUGUAAAUAUAUGGAAAGUAGCUCAAUAUAUUGGUUGCACUAUACAAACUUUCCAUGCUGGAGCAUUAUUAUUAUACUAUUUUAUGAUUCUUUAGAGUUUGAAAAUGCAGAGACACUUCUGAACUCUGAAGUGUUUAUGUUGUUGGAGCAUCGUAAAGGUCAGAGUGACGGCCCAGAGGAUGAACAAGAACUCUCACAAGUUUUUAUGAAAACACUAGAUCACACACAGAAAUUUAGUCGAUAUAAAAACCGUGAAACUAUUGCCAGUGUACGAAGGUUGGUAGUUCAUUUAAAAUACAAAAAUUAAGCAUUAUGUACUGUUACAUGUAAUCAAAAACAUGCCAUGAAAUGAGUUUUUCCAGAAAAGAUCCACCUUGCCUCCAACAAGGAAAUUUCUGCCAUCCAGAGGGAGAGGGGGCAGUAGAAAUUAUUUCUGAUUGUAGUAGGGGGGUUAACUUCCAAUUUCCUCUGUGGGAGAGGUAUGGAUGUUUUCUGGAAUGACCAACAACACAUGAUAAAAUACUUGCUAUUCAUGAGUUGUAAACUAUCCAAAUAUUUUUGAAAAAAGCAAGACAAGUGUUUCAUUUCUUAAAUUUCUUCAUUUCCAGUUUACUAGGAAAAAAGAAGCUUCAUAAAUUUGAACUGGCAUGCCUUGCAAACCUCUGUCCUGAAACAGCAGAAGAAGCAAAAUCUCUUAUACCAAGGUUUGAUGCAAUCCAUCUUAACAGUCUGUGCCAGGGUAGAUAGUGGCAAUAAUAAGAAAGCUUCAGAUUGAUUUUAUUUUUAUUUUUGAUACAACUAAAUGAAAAAUGACAAGGAGAACUUUGACGUUUUGAGUGAAGGCUGGCCCUUCAUCGGGAAACUAGGGUGCAUGUUAUGUAAAUGAUACCUGGGACUUUUUGGGUUUCUAGAGCUGUGCAAACUCCGGUUAUUUUAGCUCCAGCAGUCAAAACUCCGGCAAGGAAAUUGUAAGGAAAUUUUUAAAAGUAGAAGCAGGCAAAAGUAUUUCAGUGUAUUUUCAGAAUUUAUUUUAUUCCUUUUUGAGCUUUCUCCCUUACUUAUCAAAUAUACAUGCUUCGGUGCUUGUUUAAACAAUGUUUUGUAGAAAGUAAAACCACAUGGCAGUGUGGUAUAAUUUUUCGCCCAAAAUACAUUGGGGUAAGCAGAUUUUUGUAUCAAAAGUGAUAGCAAUGCGCUUACAGAAUUUUCCAAACCACGGAUCGGAUCGGAGCAAGUAAUUAAACUUUCUAGUAACUUCGAAUCAUUCAACUUAAUUUUUCCAUUAUUUUAUUUUAUUUUAUUUUACAGAUUUUGCCAUUUAACACAAACUAUUACACAAAAUUAGUUAACACAAACUAUUACACACAAUAGAUUACAUGGCUGGAAUUACCACACAGAGAUUAGUUCUCCAAUAACGGGGUUCCAAGACAUUCAAAAUACACAGUAUGAACAAUAACAUGCUUGCAGACCGACAAACAGACAGACAGACAGACAGAUGUGAAGAUCAGCAAACAAGCACAACAAAUUACACUAAUCAACGACUUACAAUUUAUGUGACAUUACCAAACGUUCAUUGAAAUAUGAAAUAAUUUUUCAUAAUUUUGUCUGCCGGAGUUUUCCGGCCGGGCUCCGGUGCACAGCUCUAACUUUUUCGAGUCUAACAACAGUUAGGAAAAAAUACUCUCGCUUUUAAGGAAUCAUGCAUUAACCUGUGCUUAUGAUAAUUUUAUAGAAUAUUUAUACUACAAUUUUCAUUGAAAUAUAUGUAGUUGAGAGUGUUUUAGUAAUUUUUUUUUUUUUCAGUCUUGAGGGGAGAUUUGAGGAUGAUGACUUGCAGCAACUGUUGGAUGAUAUUCAAACUCAUCGAAGUUUUCAAUAUUGAGCAACAUAAACGUGACUUUUGAUGAAAGGUCUGUAUGUUGAUUAGCUUUUCCUGUAAGGAAAUUGGAAGUAAAUAUGGUGUCUAGCAAGCAAAGGAUUGUUGGUUCUGACUAAGCAAAGGAUUGUUGGUUCUGGUUCAACUGAUAGUACUCACAAAUUUGCCAAAGACGUUUAUGGCCAAACAGUGGAAUGUCUACUUUAUUUUUUAAAAUGAAAAUGUUGUAAAAUAAACCCAUCUAAUGUUCAUAGCAUUACUUCAAUGAUUUUGUACUUGGAUUUUGAG